CCAGCAUGGACCGCAGCUGAGGGAGCAGAUGUCUGUAAACAUGGUGGAGCUCUCAGUGAAGGCGGCCGAGCCGAUCCGGACGGCCGGGAUCCUGCAGCAGAACCGCGUCUUCCUCGACUUCUUCUGGGACUUGGCCAAACCGGAUCAGGAGGUCCGGCUGAAGGCGAUAGAAGACCUGAUCCAGUACCUGAAGACCAACAACAAGGCAGAUGAGCUGGAGUACACCUUUAAAAGGCUCGUGGAUGGACUCGGUCACACACGAGAGGCUGCAAGACCUGGAUUCAGUCUGGCUCUGGGACAGGUCUUAAGCUCCUUUGAAGACGUCCCUUUGCAGAACAUUCUCAACAGAAUCAAAGACAAGCACAACCUGCAGGCAGUGAAAAAGAAACUGCUCAGAAAUGCUUUGUUCGGAAACUUGUUUGGCGUCCUCGCCCUUCAUCAGUCCAGCCGCCUCUCGAAAGAGCCACAGGUGGUGUUGGGAUGUGUGCAGCUCCUGCAGAGUCUCAGCCAGCACAGGCAGCAUCUGAAGGAUCUGCCCACUAAGACCAUGAUGGACAUCCUGACCGAGAUCCCAGAGGAGGUGUUUGAGGAGGUCCUGCUGAGCGCCCUGCAGACUGACCUGGCAUCGGCCUUCAGGACCCCGGAGCAGCUGCAGCUGCUGCUGGUGGCGCUGCAGCGCUUCCCACAAACACUCAAACCCAAGAAGCUCAAGAAGCUGCUGGGCUCCUCGACCAUCAUCAACGCUGACAACAUCCCAAAGUUGACCGAGGUGUUGAAGAUGGCGGCCCUCUCUGUGAAGAAGGAGCGAGUCCUCCCAGCGGUGGUCCUGGACCUCCUGAAGCUCUCUCUGAAGGAGGACAGCUUCCAGCUCUUCUGGAAUAACGCAAUCGUCAACGGCAUGUUAAAGGAGCAGCCGGGGCCAACGCACUACCUGAGCUUCCGUCUGCUGGGCAGUGCCCUGCCUCUCCUGUCUGUAGCCCAGCUGAAGGAGGUGUUGUCCGGGGGGGUGAUGAUGCACUACGGGGAACACGUGGUGUCCGCUCAGAAACCGGACCGCUUCAAACUGGCCCCAGAGAUGGACUCCUACGUGUCGGACUUCUUGCAGGGCUGCCAAGACCCCGACAAACAGCUGGCAGUGAUGGUGGGCUUCUCCUCGCUCACCAACCAGGGCUACCCUGUGGUGCCGUCGGUGUGGAGGGUGGUGCAGCACCUUCAGCCUGCAGCGCUGCGGCGCUACGUGGAGUGGCUGAAGAAGACGUUCCUGCAGCCUCGGCUGGACGAGCUGCUGGACUUCAGCACUCGCAAGCAGAAGGACAACCAGGAAGGGCGGGAACAGAAGGAGAACUCUGUACUCCGCCUGAGGAAGUGGAUCAUUGCUCGGCUCUCCUCCAUCAUUGAUAACCACCAGGUGAAGCGGCAGGAGGAUCUCAUCAUGGAUGUGGCCAGGUUUGUCUUCUUUCACGCUUUCUUCAGUGCCAAGAAGGCCUCAGCCGACAUCCCAGAGACGGGGGGGAAGCUGUCCGUCCCCCUGGACGACAAAACCAGAGGAGUGCUGGUCAAUUCUUUCUUUGGACUCCUCCUGUCUAUGCACCACCUGCCUCAGAGCGAGGAGUCGGCCGAAGGCGCCCCCGCUAACCAAAAGCGGGCACUGGGCGUAACGGCCGAUGGCACCAUGUGGAUCUACCACCUGGUCCAGUACGCCCAAGUCCUGCUUAACCAGCCGAAACACGUCCAGAGCAGCCAGCCCUUCAGCCCCGAGCAGAGACAGGCCUGGGACAGCAUGCUGGAGUCGGUGGCGAACCUGAAUAAGAAAGCGAAGAAGGGCCCGACGGCGGAGAACACGGCGUUCCAGCAGCUCUUCCUGUUAGUCGGCAUGCAUCUCUUCAAGGCCCCCGAAGAGCUGCUGGACAUCAUGAAGGACCUGCAGAGCUGUGUGGACAAAGCUCAGGAGAAGAAGACCAAGAAGAAGAAGAAGAAGAAACAAGCCACAGAGCAGGAGGAGGAGCCCGAGUGGGUGGAGGUGAUGGUGGACAUCCUGUUGUCCCUGCUGUCGCAGCCGAGCCGACAUAUCAGACAGGUCUGCAAGGCGGUCUUCUCCUCCAUCUGUCCUCACGUCACCGCCGCCGCCCUCACCGCCAUCUUAGACGUGCUGGACCCAGAGAAGGACGAGGAGGACUGUGCUGUGGUUGUCACUGACGACAACAAAACCCAGAAGAAACCAGAUGAGGAAGACGAGGAGGAGCACGAUGAGGAGAUGGAGGAGGACGAUGAGUCCGACGGAUUAGAUGAUGACUCUGACGAGGAUGAAGAUGAUGAUGAGGAGGAUGAUGAACCAAUGGAGGAGGAAGAGGAGGAGCUGGAGGCAGAGGAGGUGGACCAGAAUUUCCGUUUGGAGCUGAUGAAGGUCCUGCAGCAGCAGAAUGCUCUGGCCACAGAGGAGGACGGCAGUGAUGAAGAUCUGGAUGACGAGGCCAUGAUGAAGCUGGAUAAAGGCAUGGCAGCGCUGUUCUCAGAGCAGAAGAAAAAGACUCAGGCCAAGAGGGACGAAAAGACGAAGCUGCAUAAGGAGAAGACGCUGGUCCGAGACUUUAGGAUCAAGGUGCUGGACCUGGUGGAGGUUUUCGUGGCCCGGCAGGCUGGCAGUCCUCUCGUUCUGGGUUUGGUGGAGCCUCUGCUCACCAUCAUCGACAGAGGAAUGAGCUCCGACAGCGACCAGCAGGAGCAGGACUUCCUCCGCCGAGCCGCAGACAUCUUCAGGAACCAGCUGUGCAGGUCCAAGGUUUACUGCAGGACCGUCGGUGACAGACAGGGGGAGCUCCACGACCUGCUGGACAAACUGAUGACGACAAGCCAGAAACUGUCCGACUCGUCGGUCUGCCUCUACUACUUCAGUGCGUCGCUGUACGUGGUGAAGGUGCUGCGAGGAGCUCCGCCUGCAGAGAGCAAAGAGGAGCAGCCGGCUGACGGAGCUGCGCCACACGACCUGAGCUUCAUGGGCGGGGUGGACGUGGAUCGGGUCUCCUCCGUCUUCAAAGAGGCUCUGAGCUCCUUCAUGAGCAGGAGGAAGAGUCCCCUGAGCGCUCAGAUGUUCACAGACCUGUUCAACAGGUUCCCGGUUUUGUGUGUGAACCUGUUGGAUGCAGCAUUGCAGCACAUCACGUCUGGAGUCCGAGUUCACCAACAGGGUCAGGCCUGUGUGCUGGUGUUGCGGGCGAUGCAGAGCAGGGAGGUUCAGCAGCUGCUGAGCGGCGCCCCGUGGACGCAGCUCUGCGUGAAGGUCACGGGUCAGCUGACGACGAGUCUUCAGCAGGUCCCUCAGGCUGACAGCAAGGUGGUGAAGGAGAAGGUGGUGAAAAGCCUGGAGCUCGCUCAGUUCCUGGUCAAACACGUUCAGCAGCAGAAGCUGUCUGUGGACCUGGAGCCCCUUCAGAAGGUCCUGCAGUCCCUGACCGGCGUCAUCACAUUCAAGAAGACCGGCAAGCUGGAGGACACCUACUGGGCCGUGAUGAAGCUGUUCGGAGUCAUGAAGCCCAAAGUUGAAAAGACGAAACCUGACAAGGAGGAACAGCAAGUUCCCAAGAAGAAGAAAGGUUUCCUCCCAGAGACUAAGAAGCGGAAGAAGCGCAUGAAGCCUGAUUCAGAGGCGGCGGGAGACAGCUCGGCCUCUGCGGACAAACCGGGAGCAGACGAAGGACAAGCCAAGAAGAAGCACGACAAGAAGACGAAACAGAAGCGACUGGCCGACGGCGCCGCCGCCUCGCAGCCCAGCCCGGCCAAGAAGGGCAAGACGCACUCUGAGAGCAAGGCGGCCAAGAAGAAGAAGAAGAAGAAGAAACAGAAGAAGGAGGGAGGAGGGAAACUGUAAAGUGGAUUCUGAUAUUUAAAUGUCCUUUUAAAGAGGCUGUUAAUUUUUCUACUGUCCAUCCUUCAACAUGUUAUAUAUGACGAUAUGUUAGACGUGAGGGAAGUGAAGCAAUACGGAUUAUUUUUCUAAUGUGUGACUUCUGUUGAU